UGACAGGCCGGGUUUCCACCGGGAGUCAUCAAUAUUUUGCCAGGAUUCGGUCCAACAGCAGGAGCUGCGAUCGCUUCGCACAUGGGCAUAGACAAAGUGGCUUUCACAGGAUCUACUGAGGUCGGCAAGCUGAUCCAGGAGGCAGCAGGGAAAAGUAACCUGAAGAGGGUAACUCUGGAGCUGGGAGGAAAGAAUCCCAACAUCAUAUUUGCAGAUGCAGACUUGGAUCUGGCUGUGGAACAGGCCCACCAGGGUGUGUUCUUCAACGCAGGCCAGUGCUGCACAGCCGGGUCACGCAUUUUUGUCGAGGAGCCCAUAUAUGAGGAGUUUGUUCGGAGGAGCGUGGAGCGAGCCAAGCGGAGGAUAGUCGGCAGUCCUUUUGACCCCACAACUGAGCAGGGUCCGCAGGUCAGCCGGGAGCAUCAGAACCGUGUGCUGGACUUCAUCCAGAGCGGCAUCAGUGAAGGAGCUACGCUGGAGUGUGGAGGCAAAGCUUUAGGAUUCAAAGGGUUUUUCAUUGAGCCUACAGUUUUCUCCAACGUGAAGGAUGACAUGCGCAUAGCCAGAGAGGAGAUAUUUGGCCCAGUCCAGCAGAUUAUGAAGUUCAAGACGAUUGAAGAAGUGAUCGAGAGAGCCAACAACUCAAUUUAUGGUUUGGUUGCUGCUGUUUUCACCAAGGACAUCAACAAAGCCAUGACCGUUUCUACAGCCGUGCAGGCUGGCACCGUCUGGAUAAACUGCUUCAACGCUCUGAGCACGCAGUGUCCAUUUGGAGGAUUCAAAAUGUCUGGCAACGGACGUGAACUGGGAGAGAGCUGCCUGAGGGAGUACACAGAAGAGAAGACCAUCACGGUGAAGAUGGUCACCAAGAACUCCUAAAGGGUGACACUUUGCUGAGAGGAGCCGGUGGGGGAGGAGGGAGGGGGGGUCUUAGCACCGCUUCUUGUCAGUCAACGACCUUCAAAACUAGUUCUUACUCGCUGCAUCUAGUCCCUCCAUCAGCUGGACCUUGCAGUCAGUCGUUCCCUGUCCGACUAUCUCCAGGUCUGAACCACUGACCCCCACCCCCCACUCCUUCAUUCUCCGUACCUCCUCCACUAACUCCACUAAAGCACUCACAGAGACAAUGAGGGAGGCUGCUCUGACUGCAUCGUCCAGGAACAACACGGCCCCCGGUCUCGACUCGUUGGACCCCUCCCCAGAUGCUGGAUGCUCAGAGACUCGGUCGCUGCACUUGCGAUAAGCCCUUUAGCUACUUGUCACGGUUUGGGAGGCAGAUUUUCCUUGCACUGUGGGCCAUGAUUGUCAAAAACCUCACGUGUCAUUGUCUCGGUAGAGUUCAUGCGAGUGUGUCGCCUCAUCCCAGACCACUGAUGUCGUCAGACGUGAACGGAUGAAACGUUAACUCAGAUUUCUAAUUGUUUUUGUUUAUAUAUUAGCUCAUAUGACUUAACACUGUAUGUAAACCUCUGACGGACGUAAACGUGAAAGAUUUUAAACUCUUUAACAGCGUUGUACUCUCACCUGCUAAAAGAGAAGUAGAGGUAUUUCAAACUUUUGUAACUGAUUGUCAUUGACGUCCAUCUUUGUUUAUGUUUAUACAAUCAUAUGAUAUGAAAUUAUAUAAUGACUAGUUGUUCUUUUUUUUUUCAGUAAAACAUUAUUUUCUCUGGAAA